AUAACGUGUUUAAAUAAAUCUACAUAAUCAUUAUUCAUGAAAUUUUUGGAUUUUUAUUCAACACCCACAUGUGCAUAUCCAAAAAUAGCAUAAAUCUAUUGCUUUAAUAUUCUGUGGUAGACGUCAUUAACGUGACAACGAGAAUCUGACUAGACAUUCAUUAGAAUUAGGCACAUACCCAAAGGAUUCUAGCUACCAAAUUGAUAAACUAGCUCAACAUCUAUUGAACCAAAAUUCGAGUCUAUUGGAACUUACCUACAAAAAACUUAGUUGCAGACAGACGAAAUGAAAUCUUGCGUACCAAAAGAAACCCUAAAAUGUCAAUAAGCCGUUGUCUAUCCUGUAAAUAGAACUUCAAACACAAAAAGCCAAGAUUUAAAUUUUUCAAAUUUUUAUUGAUUUUUUUCUCUUUUUUUGUAUUUUUUUUAAAGUAGUUGGUUUUUUGCGACAUAUUCUUUUAUGUUAUUUCAUCUUAUCAGCGAGAUAAUUUAAUGAAUUGUUUAUCAUUUCAUCAUUAUUAUUAUUUUACUUCAUUUAUUUUUUGCACAAAACAAAAUAAAUUUUUUUUCUUUAAUUGUGUUUUUUUUUUCAUUUUUCUUUCUUUUUUUAAAGUUAUAAUAUAAUUUUAUUUUCAUCAUGUGUCUGAGUGAAUCAUUUUCUUCCGCAAAAAAAUUAGAAACAGAAUUUGUUUUUUUUUUGUUAAUCCAAUGCCGUAUGUACAAACAUCAUUUACUAUAAUUAUUAUGGUUGAAAAGGUAUGUCUCUGAGCUCAGUUUCUCUUGAUCGACAUGAAAUCAUAUAGAAUGGAUAAGGGACCGUUCACUUAUGACGUCCGACAUUUAGGGGGGGGUCUAAGAUUUUGUGACAGUUCAAACAAUGGAAAUUUUUUUUCCAUAGAAUUUUUGUGACAGAGGGGGGGAGGGGGGUCUAAAAAUCAGGUUUUUUGAUGGACGUCAUAAGUGAACGACCCCUAAAGAAUAUCUCACUUUUAUUUCUGGGAGAUCGUUCUUGAAUGACGUCAAAUUAAUGUGGCUAAGAAUAUGGAGUCAAACUUUUUCUUUAAGAAUACAUAUUUUUAAAAUUUCAAUUUUCCUCAAACUUCAUCUUCAAUUUUCAUGUCACGAUCUUCAGAGCAGAAGCAAAAAACUUCACUUCUGCAAUACCUUUACAAAAACAUUGACGUCAUUUAUGAACCAACCCCAUCAAAUUUAAAGGAAAAUACACGAUGACUUCCUCAUAUGAGACGUUUCGGGAAGUUGACCUUUGCUAUUCUUAAAAAAAAUUGUUAUAUAUUUUUCACGGGCGUUUUUGAUGUCAAUUAGUUCGAUUAAAAUGCAAGGGAAAGAUACUUGUAAAGUUUCGAUAAAAAGUUCAUAUUUUAUACCUGAUAUCAUGGUUGGGGCUGUGAGUUUUUCUGACGAUGAAAUUUGAUAAUCAGCUGCUAGACAUUUUCUAUUGAAUUUUUAUAAAACUUUUCUGUGAUGUCGUCAACUGGAAGUAAAUUCCAUAUCUUGGUCAUUAAAUUGAUGAUUUUUUUUUAGAAUGAAAUAAAUAAUUAAAAUUAUGGACGUCUUUGCUUUAAUUGAUAGGAACAUAAAGUCUUAGCUUGACUUUCAUAUUUUUUUUUUGAAAAAUAUCCAGCUUUGAUUAGCAAAUUUCAUCCUUAGUGUCAACCCCAAUUGCAUAAAAAAUUUAUGAUUCCGAUAAACUUAUCCCGAGUGGAAAAGUUGGCUGCAGAAAUGUUGACAUCCAACAGUAGUCACGAGAUGUCUUUAAGAUCUUUUGCCGUGACGUAAAGAAACUCUAAUUUUUCAGACAUUAUUAAACUAGGUACUAGAAUUGCGAUACGUGUAUAGCUUCAUAUUGUUGGUUUUAUAAAAGGAUUCACCUAAGUAAACUUACAAACAGUUCUGCAACCAAUUUGUCUUCGUAUAGCUCGGGUUUCUGAUGAAUUCUUAAUAAAUGAAAUAAUUUCAAUCCCUUAAUCAAAAAGUGACUAUCCUCAUGAUUUAUAUUUUGUAUCUUCUAUCAAUAUUUUCAUGUUAUCAUCAUGUUGUGAAUGGAAAAUUCAAUAAAAACAUUUUUCCAAGGAUUGUGUAAAAGAUCCUUCCUUAAUUAACGAUUAGAUUUUGAAUUGUAGGAGAAAUUGCUGAGUGAAAAUGAAAAGAUAGGCACCCGGACAUUUCUUCUUGCAUCGUCAUUUUUUAUGAAUUGAUUUUCUUACUUAGUUUUUUACACGCACAAUACAUUAUAAUCCUUUAACUAUUUUAAGACUAUGUCGAGGGAUGAGAGGCUUGAUGACUUGUGAAUUUAAAAUUGUUGGAGUUGGAAUUGAAUCAGCUUUAGUUGUUUAAAUAGUCGAAAGUUUUUAAAGGCAGGGUUUUAUGGAUUGCUGGAUGUUUCUAGGUUUAAGCUUUUAACUUAUACUCCGUUCGAGCUUAAGGUAAACUUCGAUUUACAAGUUGAGAUAUAUAAGACCAGAGUGGUAGAUCUUUCAGCUUUUCUUUUGUGAGGAUGAAAGUUCGAUUCCCAUUACAGGCAGAACUCUCCCAAUCAAUGAAUGGAGUGUGCUUGUUAUGACAGGAUUUCCAGCAAGCGCCCAAACAGGAGAUUUCUCAAUUUUUGAGUGCAUUUCCAGCAAAAUUCCACAAAUUAUCAAAACCUCUACAAUUCCUCAAGUUUAAAUAGGACAUUUUUUUUAAUUUAAGGUAUUUUUGUGUAUUUGCAUUUGAUUUUAUUUUAAAAUAAAUAUGGUUCAUUUUGGGCUAUGUGUGUAUCUGCAAAAUUCAAUCUACAGUUUAUUUUCAUUUAAUAUAUUUUUUUUCACAUUGAUUCAGCAAAAAAAUUCGGCGUACGAAAAAAAUGAGUUUGGUAAAGUUAAAAAAAAUUGUUUUAAAAAAUUUACAUCAAUUGCGCUAUUUUCAUUUAUAUUUUAAUUAUUAUUUUUUUACUAGGGCAUUUCAUAUUACUCAGGAUUCGCAAAGGAAUUUCGACUGUGCUUCACAAACAUGAGCAGCAAUUAAAAUUCAGCUUUAGGACUCGUCUGACUGCUAGACUAUUAAGUUUAAUUAAUUCAUUUUGUUUAAUGUAAUUGUUGUGUGACUUUAUGAUAUUCUUAUGAUUUUCUCAUAGACAUUUAUUAAUUAAAUUCAAUAAUUGUAGGCGUAACUUUAGUUUUUUUUUUUUUUGGAGAUGUCAAUUGUUAAGAACUUACUAAAAUAGUUACCAAAUUCUCAACAAAUUCCAUCCCUUGUUCAUUAUAUAAACUUUUAUUUUUAAACAACAUGAAUCAUUUGGUGAAAGGAAGAUAGAUGAAGGAAAUAAUUAAUUUUUAAGAGAAAUUCUUUCAUGCAACAUGCCAUUUAUGUCCAAAAAUUCUAAACAUCUCUUUCCAUUCAAAAUAAUUCAUUACUUUUCUUUUAUGUCAUUUCUAAUUUCUUAGUUACAGAAGCUUUUUUUUUUGUUCAAUAUCCAAAUAUUUUUCACAUCAACUUCUUACCAAUUUUCCAAGAUAAUGAAAUUUAUUAAGGAAAUUCUUGUAUUGAAAUGUUAAAUUGAUGAUGAGUCAAACCAGUAAAAAUAACCGAUUCAAAAGAAUUUUUCAAAUUUGAACCGAUUCGGCGAAUUCAAAAUAUCAAAGUCUGUUAUUUUUCAAAUAUAAUUUUACAGUUAUUUUUCAAACAUAUUUGAAGAUUCGAAUAUCGAUUGUGUGCAUGGAAAAUGCUUCCUCAUGAGUCACGAAUGACUGAAUCUGUUCUCAUAUUUCUAAUGAUCUCAAAUCAUGCAUGAAGCAUACGACUAAGAUAAUAAAAGUUGUACUUUGUGGCUACAUAAAAAGUAAUGUCAAAGUAGUGUAAUAAGUAUCAUUUAUGAGCCAUGUACCUUUGCCUGUCAUAAAGUCGACUUGUUUUAUCUUCAUAAAACUUCUUGAAAUCAUCAACCGUAGGUCGUGAAAUCCCCGUAAAAAAAGUUCAGUCGUCAACUUCAAAUAUUUUUUUGCAAUUUAAAUGAGAACUAAUUUGAAAUUCCACAAUCUUGAACUUUAGAAUUUUGAAUAACUCUUGAACCUCACAGUCUGAACAUACUCGUACAACACACUUAAAUUGUAACAAUACAAGCAUUUGAAGGUCAAGUUUGUUUACAUUUCCAUAUACAAUUUAUAUAGAGAUGAUAACGGAAGCUUUGGUAAUGACGCAUUGACAAUUUAUAUGGAAUUCAUGGUCAAAUACGACAUUUUUAAAGUGAAUACUUGUAUAUCAUCCAGUGUUGCAAAUUUGCAGUUAGAAAUGGAAGCCUUUCAACACGUUAGAGAUCAACUUCAAUCCCUGAUUAAGCUGUCACAUCAAUCAUCGAAAUUGAAAUUGUAUACAAAUCAUCAAUUAACAUUUCAGACGAGAAUUUGUAGCAAAAUGAAAAUAAAUAGACUAAAUUAAAGAAUGUGAAAAGUUUGUUCUCACAAUUUUCUUUCUCUUUCAAUUGUUUUCACAUAAAUUGAAUAUUUUAAUUAGUUUUCUUUGACUUGAAAAGAAGAAAACAGUUUGUUUGGCUUAUAUUAUUUUAUGUAGAAUGUGGUAGAAUUUUUGCUAAAAAUUAAUCAUUGCAGAACCAUUAAAAUCCUCCCACUUGAAUUUUCAAUGCCAUAAAAUGGAAACUUUGCGAUAAAGCUAAAGGGUCUUUUGGAACUUCUAUCGUAUCUUACUAUAGUUAAUAAAUACUAUUUUGUUGUUAUCCAUUAAUAUAUCUAUAAGUUCAUAUCAUAAUCACUAGAAUUUGUCUCAAAUACUUCCAUUUAUAGCUUUAAAUACAAAGUGAUAGGAUAAAUAAAUUAUUUCAGACAUUUACAUAUGUUCUCAUCUUGCUUAAUUAAUCACAAUUACUUGAAUUCAAGUUUUUUAAAGUAGUGAAAGUUUCAACGUAUUUGUAGAAUUUAAAUUUCACAAAACCGUUUCAAAAGUUCAAAUUUUACAAAAAACGUUAAAAAUUCAAAUCUCACAAAACCGUUUAAAACUCAAAUAUUGAUGAGAACAAGUUUAACAUUGUCAUAAUUCAAGGUUUAUUAGCCAUUAAAGUUCUUGAUUUUGAAAUGAAAUUAUGUUAAAGUAAAUCAACCAGCCAGAAAGAGAUUUUUUAUCUAUGAGAACUACUUUUUUAAAUGUGAAUUGAACUAAAACGUUCCUUUCGUCUUUGCUUUUAUUUGUUAUUCCUGACAAUAAUUUGAUUAAAAAUUUCAUAAUAAAAAGAAUAAAAAUUCAAAAAAAUGCAAAACUUUUUUUUUUCAAAAAUUUGAUACUUUGUGUCUUAUGUCCUAUACGCAAAGAGCAAAAAAAAUAAGUAUAUAUAUAGAAUGAAAAGUAGCAGUUGUUAUUUGAGAGAAUAAUGUGACGAUGGCGUAACAGAAUAAAUCUUCGAGUACUUUCGACAGUCGUUGAUAUUAAAAUAUAAAAAAAAUAAUGAUUAUAUAAAUAGGUAGUCUCAUCAUCACAUCCUCAAAGAUGAUUAUUUUGUCUAUGGAAAGCAACAAAAAAUAUUACAAAUCCUUUUAUGUAAGUUCCAUCAUGUCCGACUUCCUCAGAUGCUUAAGCUUUCGUCUUCAAAUAAAUAUAUUUAUGUGUAUGUGUUGUUAUUGUUGUUGUAGAGCAAUGCAGAAUAAUAAAUCAUAGACCAGAAAUAAACGUUUAUGUUGAUAAAGUAGUAAGAAGAUACAAAACAACUUGUUGCAAUAGUGCGCGCAACAUCCUCUUAAAUUUUCAUUUCUCCAUUUCCGAACCAAAAAAAGCAUUUUUUUUAGUUUUAAUUAUUUUUUUUUCAUUUCAUUUCUAUUUUUUUAUAUGAAGAAAAAUGAACACUUUGAAACUGGUGGAUUUCUGUUUGAUAAUUUUAUUGCACACAGCAUGAAUUUUUGUGGCCAUUUCGAUGCUUCAAUCUUGAUUUUGGUCGGUAUCGUUCUAAAUAUGAAAGUUGCUUUGCAUUGAUGGCACCCCUGCGCUUC